CUCCGCGCGCCCCAGAGUCAAGUCCCGGCCGCCGCCGCCGCCGCCGCCGCGCGCUCGUUCGGCCACAGCAGGCGCGGCAGAGCCGGAUCCUUCCGCCCCUGGAGCAGCGGGAACGAGUCCGCCGCCCCCACCCCUCUCCCCACCCCCACCCCCAAGGCGGCGGCGGCGGCGGGCGGCUGCGCUGCUGCAGCAGCAGCAGGAUUGUGGCAAGUGAGCGGGGCUGCAGGCCAAGCCCCCCGCGCCAGAAUCCGCCAUGAGCGAACUGGAACAGCUGAGACAGGAAGCGGAACAGCUGCGGAACCAGAUCAGGGACGCAAGGAAAGCAUGUGGCGACUCCACAUUGACCCAGAUCACCGCCGGCCUCGACCCGGUUGGCCGGAUCCAGAUGCGGACGAGACGCACAUUACGGGGUCACCUGGCAAAAAUCUACGCCAUGCACUGGGGGACAGAUUCCAGGCUGCUGGUGAGCGCCUCCCAAGACGGCAAGCUGAUCAUUUGGGACAGCUACACCACCAAUAAGGUCCAUGCCAUCCCCCUGCGGUCGUCGUGGGUCAUGACCUGUGCCUAUGCUCCGUCCGGGAACUACGUGGCUUGUGGAGGCCUGGACAACAUCUGCUCCAUCUACAGCCUAAAGACCCGCGAGGGGAACGUGCGGGUCAGCCGGGAGCUCCCGGGACACACGGGCUACCUCUCCUGCUGCCGGUUCCUUAACGACAACCAGAUAAUCACCAGCUCCGGAGACACGACCUGCGCCCUCUGGGACAUCGAGACGGGCCAGCAGGCCACGACCUUCACGGGCCACAGCGGCGACGUCAUGUCGCUCUCCCUGUCCCCCGACAUGCGCACCUUCGUCUCGGGCGCCUGUGACGCGUCGAUCAAGCUGUGGGACAUCCGAGACAGCAUGUGCCGGCAGACCUUCACCGGGCACGAGUCCGACAUCAACGCCGUCUGUUUCUUCCCCAACGGCAACGCGUUCACCACGGGCUCGGACGACGCCACCUGCCGCCUUUUCGACCUGCGCGCCGACCAGGAGCUGAUGAUGUACUCGCACGACAACAUCAUCUGCGGCAUCACCUCGGUGGCGUUCUCCCGCAGCGGCCGCCUCCUGCUCGCGGGCUACGACGACUUCAACUGCAACAUCUGGGACUCGAUGAAAGGCGACCGUGCAGGGGUCCUCGCUGGCCAUGACAAUCGGGUCAGCUGCCUGGGCGUGACGGACGACGGGAUGGCCGUGGCGACCGGCUCGUGGGACAGCUUCUUGAAAGUCUGGAACUGACCCCCCCCUUCUCGCCGGCGCUGCCUUGUGGGGGGGAGGGGGAGGGAGAGGAGGGGGUGCCCAGAAAGGGUGCCCCUUCCCCUCCCUAUAACCUAGCCUCUGUCCCCCCUGUCUCUAGGGGGCUGUGGCCUUGUCUCUCUCCUUCCUUCCCUCGGCUGCCCUACACACACACACACACACACAUUUUUUCCCUUUUUCUGCUCUGAUUUAAAAAUGUCCUGACCAAGCCUGCUUUCCAGCUGCAGUACGGAGGGGGUGGUGGUGGGGAGAAGGGGGGCCUCUAGAGGGGGACGGGGGGGGGAGAGAGAAUGGUUGGGCUGUGUUCCCCCCCACAAAAGGAGUUGUCCGGGGAUGCCAUGUGUGGGUCCAAUCUAGAAAAGAGCCUCACCCUACCCCCCCUACCUUCAAGGGUGGGGCGCCUUGGCUGGGGCUUUGAGUUCUCUCUCUCCCCCCCCCCCCCCCAUCGCCUUCCCCGAGGAAGGGAGGGAUGGUUAAAGAUGGCCCUGCUGCCUGUAGCACUCUUGAUUUCAUAGCAACCCGUAGAAAGGUGCUGAGAGCAGAGACCUCUGGCGAGGCAGGGGGGAGAGAAGACGGUUUUAUGUAGCGUUCCCCCCCCCCCAGAACCGGAGAGGCUCCAGGGCAGCCGCGUCCGUCUUCGCUGUGAUGACUUGUUUGUCUCCCCACCCCCUCCCCUCACAGUGGUGCUUGGAGGAUUUGUGGCGGCAGCGGCAGCAGCAGCAGUGGCCCCCGUGGCCUCGUUUCCUCUUAACCUGUGGCGGGUUUUGUAACGGGCGCAGGGGUUGGUGCCGGCCCCUCCCUGCUGCCUCGGCGGGUCUGUGUGUAACCUGUUAAACAACCGAAACCAAGA